GUGCAGUGGUGUCUGACUCCAGUGUGUGAGGCUCUGUCAGUGUUAAGAGAUGAGCUAGCCUGAGCCUGGCCUUGUGCAGUGGUGUCUGACUCCAGUGUGUGGUGUUUCAUCCCUGUCUGUGUGUGUGUCCCAGAGGAACAGCUCCCUGCCUGAUGAGACCAAUCUGGCGAGGCUGCAGGAAGAGCUGAAAGCAGUGAAGCUGCGAGAGCUGGAGACUCUGAGCUCCUUCAGGGAGAUGCAGGAGCAGGUCACUGAGCUGAACCAGCGCUGGCAGCAUCACAUGUCCCGGGGUGGCGGGGGGGGUCACUGGAAGGAGUCCCCAAAGAAGAACGCCCUGAACGACCUGCAGGACCGGCUGAUGGGGGUGCGGCUGAGGGAGGCCCAGGCCCAAGCCGAGCUGAGGGAGCUGAGGCUGAGGGCCCUGCAGCUGGAGAGCCAGAACCAGAUUCAGAUUAACCUGGUGAGCCGCCAGGAGCAGGAGAGCGCCGCCCUGCAGGAGAGAGUGCAGAGCCUCACUGCACAAAACAAGGCCCUACAGGGCCAGCUGGGAGAGAUGAAGAGGAAGCAGGCUGAGUCUGACUGCAAGAGCAAGGAGGAGGUGAUGGCUGUCCGUCUGCGGGAGGCGGACAGUAUGGCUGCCAUGGCCGAGCUGCGCCAACGAAUCGCUGACCUGGAAAUACAG